GUUAUGUAUAAGUACGAAUUCCAAACAUCCAUUUUUAAUCCUUUGUUUCAUCAUCUCGUGACUCUAAACAUACAAUACUUUUCCAUUGCCUGUCAUUUUCCUCCUGUUUAUCAUUCUUCUUCCCUCCCCACUUCUUCCUCUCCCAAUUACCCUUUUCAUCAUCCUCCCCUCCGUCCUCUUCCUCCUCCUCCCGCCCCGCCCCAUUACUAAGGCUGCAAAUCAAGAGGAGGAAACCAUGGACAUAACUUGAAAAGGAACACAAAGCUGCCUCUUAAAGCCGCACUUACGGUAAUACGCACAUCCAUACGUAGUACAUCCAUCCAUACAUACACGCAUACAUCACUAUAACUGAACGGAACACAGUCUUCCGCAGAGGUGUCAGGCCGCCCCUGGACCACCAUCUGUCUUCGUCACUUCACCUGCUCACACGGUUAUUGCCUCUCAGAGCUUUAUUAGUAAUUCGCAACACAAUGGAAAUUACUGCACUCAAGGAAAUCAUUGUACACACUCUCGGGGCGCUGGUGGUGGGGGUGUGCACGGUGCUCAUGCUGCCAGACUUCUGGUACUCGGUGGCGUUCGCCCGCACGCUGGCGAAGGCGGUGCAGGAGUGGCAGGACUCCGGUCCCCACAACACACUCCUGGGUAAGGCACGGGAGCACCUCGCCGCCGCCGGGUGGCUCGCCGCUCCACGGGACCCCCUUGUGGAGUGUGGCCUCCCCAGCGGCAGCGGGUGGAAACAGCUGCUGCAGUUGAUGCUGCACACAGAGGCAAGUCUGACCUGCAUGGAGAGGCAGGUCCUGCUGGCCCAGGAGGAGCACUUGGCCUUCAGGGACACUGUCCUGCUGGCCGUGGCAUGCUUUACUCUCACGGUCAGCCUGCUGGGCUGGACCUGGGCGCGGCACAAACUCGUGCGGCGCAGCCACCAGCCCAGCAAACACCGGAAGGACGACAACCUGUUCUCCGGUGGGGAGGGCGAGGCGCCGAGCUACGAAGGCGCCGCGGCUAAACAAAGUGAUGGAGCAGAAGAGGCCAGCGAGUGUGCCGGUCAGGGCCAGGUCGAGGUGUCCCAGGUUGAGGGGAAAGAAGAAAUCUCUGCUCAGAAGGAGGAUGAGGGUGUCCUCCCUCAACAACAGGAGGAAGUUAUCCCCCAACAAGAGAUACAGAAAUUCCAAUCCGCACAGGAGGCUGCCGGCCUGGAGGCUCUUCCAGAGCAGGAGGAGGCUGUUCAUCAGCAAGAGGAGGCUGUUCCUCAGCAAGAGGAGGCUGUUCCUCAGCAAGAGGAGGCUGAUCCUCAGCAGGAGGCUCUUCCAGAGCAGGAGGAGGCUGUUCAUCAGCAAGAGGAGGCUGUUCCUCAGCAAGAGGAGGCUGUUCCUCAGCAAGAGGAGGCUGAUCCUCAGCAAGAGGAGGCUGAUCCUCAGCAAGAGGAGGCUGAUCCUCAGCAGGAGGCUCUUCCAAAGCAGGGGGAGGCUCAACCACCUACAGAAGCGCCAAAGAAGACUAAUGACAAUGACACUAUGGAAACCCAGAAAGGCGCGCCCCUCGAAACUCCUGACGGAGGGCCUAAGGCAGCUCAACACGUAUCGCCGCUGCCGCUGCCGCGCCUGCGCAGCCCCGACCGGCGGGACAUCCUGGGCAAGCGCUGGCUAUCUGAUGACGUCAUGGACCUGGCCCAGGAGCUGCUGCAGCGCCAGUUCCCGAACACUGGCGGCCUGUACGCCUGCGGCGCAGCCUUCACUCUGCCGCCCCUGCAGCCCGGCAACGCGGCGCUCUUCUUGCAGGUGGUGAACCGGACCACACCGAUGAGCCUCGCCUCCAUGGCAGACUACGGCCGUGCGGGGGGCAGCCACUGGCUCCUAUUGUCCUCGUAUGGCGCUGGGCGCCCCGGUCAGCUGGCGGUAUAUGACUCUCUCUACGACACGCUCUCGCCCUCCACAGCCGCCCUGGUGCGGCAGCUGCAGGAGCUGCACGCCCCGCCGCCAGGGGUCGUCGUGCGGCCCGUGCAGCGCCAGCGGGACGGCUACAGCUGCGGCCUCUUCGCCCUGGCCUUCGCCUUCAGCAUCGCCCACGGCCAAGACCCGUGCCGCCUACACUACGUGCGGGCCCGCAUGGCGAGCCACCUGCUAUCGUGUCUGGAGCGCGGCACUGUGACGCCCUUCCCUAGCGAGCCAAAGGAGACAUUUGGCUAAAAACCUUCGCUUUCUUAUGACAAUAAGGAAGGAUGCUUACUCUCAGGAAUGAUGUUUACUCUUAUGGAACGAUGUCUACUCUCAAGGAACGAUGUCUACUCUCAAGGAACGAUGUUACUCUCAAGGAAUGAUGUUUGCUCUCUUUUCUCACCUAUUAUUCUAAUGUCUUUCAUAAUCUAACCUUACACAACCUAACCUAGCCCCGUUCAUUACAUAGUUUAUAAUUUGUACUAACUACUCAUAUUCUCUCUCUCUCUCUCUCUCUCUCUCUCUCUCUCUCUCUCUCUCUCUCUCUCUCUCUC